AUGUCGCUACCACAGUCACCAUUCGCGCCAUCCACCUCCGUCGCUGGAGCUGGCGAGAUUGUCCUUUCGCUAUUGCCCCCUGGUAGACAGGCGCUACAAGUCUUCAAAUAUCAAUAUCCUCUGAAGCUUAUUGCUCCAGAGCCGCACAGCUCGGGCGAUGAUAGGCACGUGACAAUUGCCUUUCUUCUCACAUACGGAGGAGGGUUGGUGGGAGGGGAUCAGGUCAACCUGAAGGUCGAGCUACAAAAAGCUACGCGUCUUGUACUACUUACUCAAGGCAGUACCAAGCUGUUCAAAGCUCCACAUAGGUCGGUGGUCAGUAAACAGACCUUGGAUGUCAAGAUAGGCCCUCAGGCCGCCCUGUGCUAUUUGCCCGACCCAACACAGCCAUUUGCAGAAAGUGUCUAUGAGCAGAAGCAAACAUUCUAUGUUGAGCCUGAUGGGACCAGCAGCCUACUUAUGCUUGACUGGGUCAGCGAAGGCCGACGAGCACUUGGGGAGAGCUGGACGUUGUGGAGCUGGAAAGGCAGAAAUGAAGUGAGAGAGUUUGACGGACGGUCGAGGGGACGACUUUUGAUUCGAGACGCCGUCAUCCUUCAUGAGGAUGGUCUUGGAGGCAUGGGCUUGGUGGACAAGGCAGACAACAUGGCCAUAUUCGGCACUCUCAUUGUAUAUGGAACACGCUUGGAGAGUCUUGCAGAGUUCCUCGUGAAAGAGUUCGCAAACCAGCCUCGGAUUGGAGCCAAAAACUGGACACAAGAACCUGUGGCCCAUGCCGCCCAAGCACAGCAAACACCAGGACUUCUUUGGACGGUAGCUAGGGUGCGCGGUUUCGUCCUGGUCAAGUUCGGUGCCAAAGAUCUCGAUGGUGCGAGGCAUUGGCUCGGAGACCUCUUGAAACAAGAAGGCACUGUUGAGCAGUUGUUUGGGCAUCAAGCGCUCAUGUGUCUGAGGUGA